AUGGCUGAGAUAACGUCGCCGCCUCCAAGGGUAUUCCGCUCUGGAGCAUCCAACAACUGGCGCAUCAAGGACGACUCGCCCCGCGCGGACCAGGCACAGGUGCGGUCGCGAGUCAACCGGAAUGAUGGGCAAUCACCCCACACCAACCUGGCGUCGAACACACAACCUCGGUCGGACGCAGCACCUGGCACCCGUCUUUAUGUCGGCAACCUGCUCUACAGCGUGCAGAAGGCAGACAUUGAAGCCUUGUUUGCCGAACAGGGCUUUAAUGUCGUCGGGGUGACCAUCUCGACCGACCCGUUCACCGGCCGCAACCCCAGCUACUGCUUUGUCGACCUGGGCAGCGCCGAGGAGGCGCAGCGGGCAAUUGCAGAUUUGAAUGGUGUCGACGUGCGUGGAAGGGCGCUCCGGGUGAAACCUGGGGUGGCCAGGCGAGGCCAGACGUCAGAUCAGCCUCAGGGGGAGAAUGGCACCGCUCGAGAAGUCAGAGUCAAGAACUUUGAGCAAGGGUGGGGCCGAGAAACGAAGGAAGAGCGGAGUACGGAUUACAAACCGACAUUCGACCGCUGGAACCGCAGCGAUGCCUCGUCUCACUGGCAGGCGCCGCAGACCGAGGGACGCCGCCUGUUCGUCGGCAGCCUCCCGCGCAUUGAGCCUCAGUCGGCACUCGACGAGGAAAUUCAGACCCUGUUCGCAACAUACCUCCCCGACGAGGGGAUUACGCCAACCGCCGUCUCCAAGCUCAUCUCGCCGCACCCUAGCAAAGUCGCUGGCGGUGAGCCCGGUGAUUACUACUAUUGCUUCGUGGACCUAGCGCGCGCCGAGGACGUCGAGACUGUGAUCGAGAAACUGGCCGGGGCCCAGGGUAGCUGGGGCGGGAACUUGAGGGUAGGCCGCGCCAGGGAGCAGCGAGAACGAGGAGGGCCCGAGAGGAAGGUGUUGAGAGAGCAAGGACUCAGGAACGAGGGAGAGAAGAAACCUUUCGAUGCGAGCAGGUGGAGGAAAGACGGAGCUCAAGAAUGA